ACUGAUAUUAUUUACUAUCCUUUUAUUAAUAUUUAUUUAUGCAUUAUUUAUUUGCCAUGUGUAUGUAAAAUCUUAUUUAUUAUUUAACGAAAAUUCAGAUUAGCAUUUUUCGUUUUCCUUUUGCUCCUCUGUGUAGUCUGUCUGUCUUUCUGUCAGUCUGUCUGUUUCCAUCUGUGAUGCCUUCCCCAGCUUUCACUGGUCUUCUCUCCCUCUUUGCACUCGUUCAUCUCUCCCUCUCUUUUUAUCUUCCCAACCAAUCUCCUUUGUCCUUUGAUGACCAAGUCAGGGAAAGACAUCUAUACACAGAGAACAAAAGACAAGGACUGUUCCUGGAGAUUUCCCAAGACGGCACGGUGAGGGGGACGCCCGUCCAGACAGUCAACAGUGUACUGGAGCUGAGGUCCGUUAGACCAGGUGAAACUGUCAUAAAAGGAGUCUCAUCCUCUCUGUACCUGUGUGUGGACAACUCAGGACAUCUAAGAGGCCAGCAGCAGUACAAACAGGCAGACUGCACUUUCAGGGAACUGCUCCUGUCGGACGGAUACACCGUUUUCCAGUCCCCGCAUAACGGGCUUCCUAUAUCCCUUUCCUCGAAACCGUCUGGUGUGAAAUACGCCCGUCCCUUUUAUCAGUUCCUUCCCGUGAUGAACGAGCUGAUCUUGGGGAUGGAAAGGGUGAAGAAAGAGAAGGGAAAGCUGAGCGAGAGACAGGAGAACGUGGAUCUGGAAUCUGACGACCCGCUGGGAAUGAGGAUAUCAGCGGCUGAUGUUUGGUCCAGUCCGGGGUUCCACAGUAGAUAACGAUAAGAGAAACACGGCGCACGAGCGCAGGACCGUCCGCGCACGCACAGUACCACUGCGUGUCUCCAUCACAUACAGAGUCGGGCGGUGAAUUGCUACUGCAUUAACGUGUGCAGUAGCCGAUACACGUGCCAUUACAAUGCAACCCGGUUACACACGGCACUGUUGAUUUGUGCAAUAAGUGGCCGUUAAAUGCGAUAGCGAUGAAUUGCAGAGCUGCGGGACAGCAAACUGCAGGCUGAUGCAGAGCGUUUUAAAUGCGAUGUGGUUAAAAAAAAGGGCUAUAUGUUAGUGCCGUGCAUGUUACCUCACCAUGCCGGAAAAAUAGUGUCUUUGAAAGUUACUGAAUACAUUUUUUUUGUUUCAACUUUUUAUCACGUAUUUUAGUUUAGUAUUUAUUUAUCUUACCGUGUGAGAGCUGAACUGUUUAAAUGGUGUAAGCUGAAAU